GACAGCAAGGUUGCUAGCCAUGUGAAGUUUCUGGCCUUCAACGUUUAUUCUACCUACAAGUUUGGACUCUGUCUUUUGGAACGCUCAGGUCCAUAAAACUCAUCCGCUAUUUGACUGCGAAAUGGGCUCGGCAGAAGUUGAUAAGCAUACUCCUCCAUCAGGUGAUGGUGCUGGAAAAGAUGUUUUAACUGGGUUAUCAAAUGGGAUGGAUCGCCACAAGUCCAAAGAUAAGGAUCAUCAUUCACACAAGCACAAACAUAAAGACAAGGAUCGAGAAAAAAGCAAGGAUAAAAACCGGGAAAAACACAAGGAUAAGCACAAAGAUAAACAUAGGGACAAGGAUAAGCAUAAAGAGAAAUCAAAGGACAAAGAAAAAAAGCAUGACAAAGAAGACCGUAAGCAUGGUAGGGAAGAAAGGAAACAGAGUAAAGAGGAUAAGAAGUUGGACAAAGAAGAAAAAAAAAAAGAAAAGGGAAAAAUGAAAGAUAAAGCAGAGAAGGUGUCCUGUGUUGAAGUAAAGAAUGAACCUAUGUCAGAGGAUGAUGACACACCCAUGGCUUGUCGCUCAUUCAGCCAGACUUCCCAGGAUGAUUCUGAGGAUGAUGAUCAACCCUUAGCUUUUCGUAAGAAGGUUAAAACUGAGGUUAAAGCUGAAAAACCGGUGAAGAGAAAGGCCGAAGAAAUGGUAGAUGAUGAAGACGACGACUAUACGGCUUCCAAAAAGAAAAACAAAAAGGCGGAGGAAAAAAAAGAAAAAAUGGACAAGAAACAAACAAAUGGCGCUUCCCCUACAAAACGAGUUAAAAAAGAGAAAAAAGAGGAAGAAGAAACAUGGAAGUGGUGGGAAGAAGAAAAACAUGAGGAUGGUGUCAAAUGGAAAUCUUUGGAGCAUAAGGGUCCAGUGUUUGCUACCGAUUAUGAGCCACUGCCAGGAAAUGUCAAGUUCAAGUACAAUGGCAAAGAUGUGAAAUUGGGCACAGCUGCUGAAGAAGUAGCAACAUUCUAUGGAGCUAUGUUGGAUCACGACUAUGUGACUAAAGAUGUAUUUAACAAGAAUUUUUUCAAAGAUUGGCGUAAAUUUAUGACUCACUCAGAGAAAGAGAUUAUAACUGAUCUCAAAAAGUGUGAUUUCACCCAAAUACUAACCUAUUUUAAAGCUAAAUCUGAGGAAAAGAAGAAUAGGACCAAAGAAGAGAAACAACAGCUAAAAUUAGAAAAUGAAGAAACUGUGAAGGAGUAUGGAUGGUGUAUUAUUGAUGGACAUAAACAGCGUAUUGGGAAUUUCAAGAUUGAACCUCCUGGUCUCUUCCGCGGGCGCGGCGAUCAUCCAAAAAUGGGCAUGGUGAAGCGGAGAGUAAUGCCUGAAGAUGUCAUAAUUAAUUGUAGCAAAGGAACCGCACCAAAACCACCCGCUGGCCAUAAAUGGAAAGAAGUCCGCCAUGACAAUACCGUGACAUGGCUAGCUUCCUGGACGGAAAAUGUCCAAGGUCAAGUAAAAUACAUUAUGUUGAAUUCUGCCUCUCGAUUGAAAGGCGAAAAGGAUUGGCAAAAGUACGAAAUCGCACGUCAACUUAAAGAUACUGUGGAGAAAAUCCGUGAGACGUACAAGGAAGAUUGGAAAUCGAAAGAAAUGAAAAUUCGUCAAAGAGCCGUUGCUUUGUAUUUCAUCGAUAAGUUGGCGUUAAGAGCAGGCAAUGAAAAAGACGAAGAUCAAGCUGAUACGGUUGGUUGCUGCUCCUUACGUGUUGAACAUAUAACGUUGCACGAACAGAAAAAUGGAAAACAGUUCGUCGUGGUUUUCGAUUUUCUCGGUAAGGAUUCUAUUCGAUACUACAAUGAAGUUCCAGUAGAGAAGCGCGUAUUUAAAAAUUUGCAAAUAUUUAUGGAGAACAAAAAACCGGGAGAUGAUCUUUUUGAUCGGUUGAAUACGACUAUUAUGAACAAACAUUUGAAUGACCUAAUGGAAGGACUUACGGCCAAAGUAUUCCGUACUUUCAACGCAUCCAACACAUUGCAGGAACAGCUAGAUAGCCUAACUGAUCCAAAUUCAUCUGUUACAGAAAAGAUUUUGACGUAUAAUCGGGCCAAUCGCGCAGUAGCUAUCCUAUGUAACCAUCAACGUUCCGUGCCGAAGACUUUCGCCAAAUCUAUGGAGAAUCUCCAGAAAAAAAUAGAUGCUAAGCGAGAAUCUAUUGAAGAAGCAGAAAAAUCUUACAAAGAUCUGAAAAAAGAAGCGAAAAAAACGGGAUCUGCUGCUGCUAAGAUUGCAGCAGGCAAAAAAGAGAAGCAACUCGAAAAACUCAAGGAGCAAUUGAUGAAACUAGAAGUUCAGGCUACCGACCGAGAAGAGAACAAGGAGAUCGCGUUAGGUACUUCGAAGUUGAACUACCUAGAUCCGCGCAUUUCUGUUGCAUGGUGCAAAAAGAAUAACGUACCCAUUGAGAAAAUUUAUAAUAAGACCCAGAGAGACAAAUUUCAAUGGGCUAUUGACAUGGCGGGACCCGAGUUUGAAUUUUGACGGACGAUAUUGGGACACUUAACUAGACAUUCUAAUGAGUUGAGAGCC